ACUGUUUUUUUUUUUUUAGUUUUCCAUACAGACCGUUUUAAGUUUCAAGACCAACAAUUUGAAAAGCAAGCCCAUUAACUUCAUCUUCAACCUCCCGUUUCUAUGGCAGAUUUUUUUUCUUUCUUUUCAAUAAAAGAAAAAGACAGAAAUAAGACGACACCCAACAUUAUUUUUUGGCUGGAAGAUUUAUUGUUCAAAUUUAGAAAGGCACAAUGGUAGUUUCUAGAGGGACAAAGCUGUCAGGAAUGCAAAAGCAAGUAUUAAGUCUAUACAGAUCAUUUCUACGAGCUGCUCGAUUGAAGUCCCCAGAGGAUCGCCGCCAGAUUGAAUCGCUUGUAUCGGCCGAAUUUCGCCGAAACUCGAAGGAAGUUGAUCGUAAGAAUUUCCUUUAUAUCGAAUAUUUGAUUCGCCGUGGUAGAAAGCAGCUUGAUCAGCUGAAGAGUCCCGGUAUUCUUGGAUUAUCUUCUUUUAAUCUUGAUCGUACUAAGCCGUAACUUUCAUUUUUCCUAAUUGCGCACAUAAUGUUUGUUGUAAUGUCAUUGAAUUUAUUAGCUGAUUCUCCUUUCCUAUUCUUAUCAUUUGAAUUGAUUGUUGUUAGGAUACAUAACUGGAAAUGUUCUGUUAAUUAUUCUUUUUAUU